CAGACAGAUAACUCGCCCGGCGCGCGAGCCGCCUGCACGGGAGGAGAUGAAAUUCCCCGGCUCCGUCCUCGUCUCCCUGUUCCUCUUCGUGGGCGAGACGGGCACCGCCCUGUACCUGAGCAGCACCUACCGCUCGGCGGGGGACCGCAUCUGGCAGGCGCUGACCCUGCUCUUCGCCCUCCUGCCCUGCGUGCUGGUGCAGUUCAACCUGGUCUUCAUCCACCGGGACGUGAGCCGGGACAGACCCCUGGUGCUGCUGCUGCACAUCCUGCAGCUGGGACCCAUUGUCAGGUGCGUGGAAGUCUUUUACAUUUACUUUCAUGCGGGGAGAUUUGAAGAGCCUUAUGUAAGCAUCACCAAGAAGAGGCAGAUGCCUAAAGAUGGACAUUCAGAAGAAGUUGAGAAGGAAGUGGGCCAGGCUGAAGGCAAACUGUUUACACAUAGAUCUGCAUUCAGCAGGGCAUCUGUGAUCCAGGCUUUCCUCGGCUCUGCACCUCAGCUGACACUUCAGCUGUAUAUAUGUGUCCUGCAGCAGGAGAUCACGGCAGCUAGAGGCAUCUUCAUGGUCCUUUCUCUGCUGUCGAUUGUAUAUGGUGCAUUACGCUGCAACAUCCUUGCCAUUAAGAUUAAGUAUGAUGAUUAUGAUGUCAGCGUGAAAGCUGCAGCCUACCUCUGCAUAUUCCUCUGGAGAAGCUUUGAGAUUGCCACCCGUGUUGUAGUCCUAGUCCUGUUCAGUUCUGUGCUUCAAAUCUGGGUCCUGCCUGUGGUACUCCUGAAUUUCUUUGGCUUUUUCUUUUACCCCUGGAUUCUCUUUUGGCAAAGCAAGUCCCCUUUCCCUGAAAACAUAGAGAAGGCGUUGACCAGGGUGGGCACGACCAUUGUACUGUGCCUCCUCACCUUCUUGUAUGCUGGCAUUAACAUGUUCUGCUGGUCAGCUGUGCAGCUGAAGCUAAAUGAUCCUGACUUAAUUAACAAAUCCCAAAAUUGGUACCAACUGGCUGUAUAUUAUAUGCUAAGGUUCAUUGAGAAUGCCUUCCUCCUCUUGCUGUGGUAUGUCUAUAAAACAGACGUCUACCUGUACGUGUGUGCCCCUUUAUUAGUCCUGCAGCUGCUGAUUGGCUAUUGCAUGGCCAUCCUGUUCAUGCUGGUGUUCUAUCAGUUCUGCCACCCAUGCAGGAAGCUCUUCUCAUCCAGUAUUUCAGAAGGUUUGCUGUCAUGUUUCAAGUACCUCUGCUUUGCUUGCAAACCACCUAAGGUCACUGCGCCUGUGGAUAAGGCAGACUUGAAAUCACCGGAUGGUAUUGGUGAUGAUGCGCAGGCCAGUUAUAAGACAAAUGAGUCUCAGAAUGGGAAUCCGCAUCAGAGUGUUUCUUUCAAUGCGUAAAGUGGCUAGUGGAAAGCAGGCAGAACUGGAAAGCUACUGCAUGCUUACCCAAAGCAUUGUGUACCUUGGACUCUGAGCCUUGUUAAUUUUUCUGCCAGUGCAGCUGUGCUGCAUGGGUACUCUGACAUGCAUAUGCAUACGGCACACUUGACACACGUACACAUAUAGCAGCCACUGUCUGUGGAUUUAUAUUACAUGGUGAUUCCACACAGAGGUUUAUCACCUGCUUAGUCUGAAAUCCUACAGGAGACAUCUUUAUAUUGUAGCAAAAUGGACCUAACCCUGGUCUGAUUCAUUCAGGAGGUCUGAGGAGAAUGAGAAGACCUAGGAAAUGCAAUAUGUAGAGAGUGUCAUGAGAGCGGGCCAUUUCAGCAUGGAAGCUGAGCAUGGUACUGGACUACCUGGUAAUUGUAGAUGAUUAGCUGUGGUCUAGCUGGUUUUCUGCUUUUACAUCCUGACUGGUGCAAUACCAUAUCACAGGCCUUUGUGACAUCAGGAUUGAACUGCUGCAAGGCAUUCUAUAUUAGGCUGCCCGCGAUGCAGGCCAGUUCCCUACUGCUGGUAUUGGAGCAUGAUUAUUUCUGAGAAUGGCCAGAGGGCAUUAGGCUGAUGCACUCUUUCACUGUCUGCAUUUGCUGCUGCUUACUUUGCUGAUCAAGUUUAAAGUAUUAAUUGUAAUGUUUAAAGCCUUGAAUGGAUGGAGUGUCAUGUGUAUUACCAAACACCCAGCAUAGUGUGUCUGGAACCAUCUCUAACUAGCGGCAGAGGCAUAACAAUCAGUCGUAUAGCAGCAGAAGAAAUUCAGCCCAUCUUUUUUAUUUAAUGUUAUGUUUUGGUUAUCAGAGCAUCAGUAUUUUGGACUGCCUUGCCCUGUUGGCUUCAGAAGUGCCACAGAUUUGGGUCCUUUUAAAAGAGGAGCUUAAAGACUUUUUCGCAUAACAUCAUCUUAAUUAAUCAAAAUUAUUUGUGUGCUUCAUAAGGUGCUGAGAACACUUUGGCAGCUGGGCACCUCAGAAAGACAGUUUAUUCAGAGCAUUUUGAAAAGAGGUUUGUUUUGUUUUAAAAUGCAGUACAUUGACUGCAAGUGUGAAGAAUGCAUUCACUUAUUCAGCCUUUCUUGUUUGAUUCAGCACCUUGUGUUUGUCCUGAGCCUAACACACUGUAGGUGCCACUGGAAACAGAUGAUAGGAAUUCAUUAAUUGGAAUCCCUUUUACCAUUCAUUGGCUAAGUCUCUAUUCUGCUUUAAAGUAUACCGUGACGUCCUUGAAAGAAAUGAUGAUAUCAAUGCACCUGUAUCAGAAUUGUCAUGAGAUGGGAGGAGGGGCGAAGAUGUGGCAAGUUGCGCUUGCACCUAGAAUGUUGCAAGAGUCUGAGCUCUUUUUAUUACUGGAUGUUUUCAUGCUGCAGCUGUACAGUGUAGCAUUUAUUUUUUUUACUUUGGUCUCGCUGUGUGUGUGGCAUAUAUAUGUUGAAUACCUCAUUACAUUAUGAGGUGGGAUAGUGUAAAGGCUUUCUUGGCACGAGUUUGGCAUGGGCACAUGAUUCACAUGUGGGGUUGACACCUACUCUGUAAAUGAAUCCACUUCCCCAGGUAGGUUUUGAAUAAGUUCUUGGGGAGACUGCAAUAUUUCUGUGUAAAGAAAAAAACAUUCUAGAUCAUUUGCAGAAGUGUCUUAAACAAUGAGUUAGAGGAACAGAUGGUGAAAGCUGUAAUUGUCUUCAAUGGAGCUACACUAAUUUACACAAGCUAAGAAUAUAGUGCAGAAUUUUUUUUCUUGGUCCAAGCCUGUACAGUUGGACACACAGGGGUGUAUUUUCCAACUUACUGUAGAACCUCAGAGUUAUGAACACCAGAUGUGAUCAGUUAAACACACCUCAUUUGGAACUGGAAGUAAGCAGUC